AUGGAGAUUGAUAAGGCAGUAAGAGAAAGCGAUGAUCGAAGGCUGAAGACCAAGUACAACAAUGCUAUCUAUGUUAUCCAAAGGGCUCUUGCUCUUUACUCUAUUGAAGAAGUUGCCUUCAGCUUCAAUGGAGGAAAAGAUUCAACAGUUCUGUUGCACCUACUCAGGGCAGGCUAUUAUUUGUACAAGUCUGGAAAAGAUCAUUCUACUGGUGAUCCUGAUGACUAUGAAAUCACAUUUCCAAUACGAAUAAUUUAUUUUGAGAGUCCAUCUGCGUUCCCAGAAAUUAAUUCAUUCACUUAUGACACAGCCACUUUUUUCAAAUUGCAAAUGAACAUCGUUCGCCUGGAUUUCAAGUCAGGCCUGGAGGCUCUUUUAACAGCUAAGCCCAUAAGAGCUAUUUUUCUUGGUGUCCGAAUUGGAGACCCUACUGCGGUAGGUCAAGAGCAGUUCUCUCCCAGCUCGCCUGGAUGGCCGCCUUUCAUGAGAGUGAAUCCAAUCCUUGAUUGGUCGUACAGAGAUAUUUGGGCUUUCCUCUUGACUUGCAAGGUUCAAUAUUGCAGCCUUUACGAUCAGGGUUAUACUUCAAUUGGUAGCAUUCAUGACACAGUCCCUAAUGCUUUGUUGUCCAUUGGCAACUCCAACAACGGUGAAGAGAAAUUCAAACCUGCAUACCUGCUUCCGGAUGGAAGAUUGGAAAGAGCAGGUAGAAUAAAAAAAUUCUCUUCUCCGCCAUUAUCUGCGAUUAGCAAUGGUUUGAAAAGUGAGGAUCCACAUCGGAAAUGCAUGCUCACAGCCACAGUCAUUGCUGUGGGAGAUGAAAUUCUGUUUGGCACUGUUGAGGAUCGAUUAGGAUCAACUUUGUGUAGAAAGCUCCAUUCCAUAGGUUGGGCUGUCUCCCAAUUUGCUGUAACCCAAAAUGAUGUCGAUUCUGUUGCUGAGGAAGUCGAGAGGCAAAAGUCAAGAAACGACAUGGUGUUCAUAUAUGGAGGAGUUGGUCCAUUGCAUUCAGAUGUCACUGUAGCCGGAGUCGCAAAAGCUUUUGGUGUUCGCAUGGCACCUGAUGAAGAAUUUGAAGAAUAUUUAAGGCAUCUUAUUGGUGAGAAGUGCACAGGGGAUAGGAAUGAGAUGGCACAGUUACCUGAGGGUAUCACCGAAUUGCUACAUCAUGAACAACUUCGUGUGCCUUUGAUCAAGUGCCAAAACGUGAUCAUACUUACUGCAACAAAUGUUUCUGAGAUGGACAAGGAAUGGGAUUGUUUGAUUGAAUUUAUGAGAUCCGACAGUCUUUUAGUAGCCGUAGAACCAUUUGUAUCACAGCGACUGGCAACAACUCUUUCUGACGUGGAAGCAGCUCAUCCUCUUUCAGAAAUCUGUCUGGAAUUUCCUGAUCUUUACAUUGGAGGUUACCGUGAAUCAAGAAAAGGGCCUCUUGUUCUCACUUUUGAGGGAAAGGAGCAAGAGAGAAUAAAUAGUGCCGUGGGAGCAUUAGGCAAGAAGUUUCAGCCAGGGUUAUUCUCCGAAAUUAACUGA